AGGGUUUCAGCCAGGGUUUCUGCAGCUCUAGCUGCUAGUGCGCAGCAAGCCUGGUCUAUCGAGUUAGCUGUGAGGAAGGGCUAAGUACAGUCGAGUGGCAGGCACAAGGACCCAAGGGCCAACAGGCAUUCAAAGAACGUCGUCCUGAACUCACAAAUCUUGUCUCUACCCACCGGCCCAUCUUUUGGGGCCACUCUGACAAUGGACGAUUUGGUGUCCUUUGUGGACACCAUACUUUCUAGCCCGGUCAACCUGACAGGUGGCAGCUCUCAGGCAAGUGCUGGCAGUGCACCGACUCUGACCCCGGGGCUUGACCCUGUUGCAGCGCCUCAAGAGUACCUGGAACGCUGGGCUGAUGAGGUGGCAGCCCUCCGGGCUAUCUAUGAUUCGGACGUUACCUGCAUUGCAGAGGGGGUGGUCCGGAUCCGGCUGCGUCCGCGCGGCCAGGGGGAUCCCUCUCUGCAGGGCGAUUUUGAGCUGGUUGACAAGCACACGGUCAUGCGGCGCGGGGGUGCGGGGAUCGGUGACAAAAAGGGGGGCAGCGUGAGGGAGGAAAGUGGGGGGGUGGAAAUGGUGGAAAAGGAUGGCGCUGAAUAUGGGUCAGCAAUUCUGGGGCGGGCAGCAACGGAAUCUGCGGGGCUGUGGAUAGCUGUGGCUCGCACCGAGCGCUACCCCGACACCCAGCCCCUGAUUGAAGUCCAAAACCAGGGUGCCAUUUCACACCGAGCGGAGGACGAGCUCUAUGACUCGCUGCUGUUGGCUGCAGCUAGCCAGCUGGGCAGCGAGACUAUUUACACCCUCGUUGAGCUGGCGGUGGAUUUUUACACCACUUAUGUGGAGGCAGCGGCCGCCCGCCAGCUGGCAGCCCAAGUGUCAGGCGUAACUGCAGGGAUUGUUGGUGGAAAGAUUGACACAAAGGAAGAGAUUGGCACCACAGAAAGUUGGACAGAGUACCGGCCAUCUCCAUUUGCAGGCGGUGUCAUGGAAGUGUUGGGAAGUUUGCCUAAGGAGAUUGGGGUGCUGAACAUUGAGAACGUGCUGCGGCAAGACCUGGCGGAACUCUUUGUUGAGAAGAGGGAGGUUCUGAGGAAGAAGCACCCACAGCUUGCAGUAGCUGCUGACGUCAUACGGAUGUUCCAGCGGGACUGCCAUGCGCAACGUCCCGAGCAUUGUCCCACCUUCGGCAAGGGCAUCUACCUCUCCCCCGACUCUAGUUACUCCGUCCCCUACUGCUGGUCCGACGACGCACGCGAGCACCGUCUCCUCGUGUGCGCGGCGUUGCCCGGAUGGCCUGAGAAGGUGACACGUGUCGUGGAUCAACAGCUGAACGGAACGCGCGGCACGUACGACUGCCGCGUCAGCCCAAACGGACUGGAGUGGAUCUUCUUUGACGCGGCUCAGCCGCUCUUGACUUGUCUACUUCCCUCGUUUCUUUAACGUUGGCACAACAUAUGGCCGCCGUUGACAUUCUGGACUCUUCCUUGUCGUUCUCGUCUGAGCUUUCCAC